AUGCCCAAUUCAAAUAGCUCUUUAACUAAUUCCUUGAGGAAUAAUGUCAAAUCAGCUGUUUAUAAAGGAGUUAUUCGAGUUGCUAAUCCCUUAGAACGUUUUGUUACAGUAGAUGAUCGAGUAAAUGGUCCUUUUGACAUUUACAUAUUUGGAUAUAGAGGUUUAAAUGGUGUAAUUCAUGGAGAUACUGUUCUAGUAAAGGUUACUGGAGUCUUCCAAGGAAGGCUUAUUAAAAGAUUUAAGAACAAGGAUAGUAAAAUAUUACAACAAAGUAAACAAAAUGAGCAAAGAUCUUCAUUUACUGUUUCCGAUUCCACUGAAGUAAAAAAUCAUCUCAAAUAUCCUAAUUAUGUCGAAGAAACUAAUUCUGAAAAUAAUUCUGAUGAGGAGAAUCAAGAUUUACACGAAGAUAACUUAACAUAUGUAACCAGUCAAGAUGAAGAAGAUCUUGAUAGUUUCCAAGAAGAUAAAAGUACUCCAACAAGUCAAAAUAUAGGCUCAAAUAAGGAAAACGUGAAUAAUUCUAAUCAGUCCGAGUUAUUAACCAAUUCUAAUUCUCACUUGAAGCAUCCAAUUCCAAAGUAUGUUGGAAUUAUCAUUAAAGUCGUUGAAUCAGUUACAAAAAAGGCUCCAAUUGUAGGUUUUAUCCUCCCUAUUUCAUAUUUUUUAAAGCUUAAUAAGGAAGCCAAAAUGAAGAAGAAGUUCAAAAUGUCUGGAAAAAAACCUAAAAUUGGUGAGGAAUUCAAAAUUCAAAACUGUUUCAAAACAAUAGGUAUUGACGAUAAUGAUUCAAAGAUGAGGACUUUAUUAACUUCGGAAAAUAUUGACAUUAAAAAAAAUGAAUUUUGUUUUGUUCCUAUUCAAAGAGUCUAUCCAAUAAUGAAAUUAUUUAUUAAUGAUCAAACAAGGAAUACUUUUUUAAAAAAUAAUGCAAAUGAAAAGAAUAUGAUGAGUUGUAACUUGCUUUUUGGUGCAGUAAUUGAAAUAAAUCGGGUAAGAAAAAAUAGAAGAUUACAGCUCACUAAGUUUUAUGGAUCUUUUAAUAAAUUUGAAACAAUUUUUUCGAGCUUAUUAGACUGUUUUGAGCUGAGUUCCCACAGUAAGAUAUAUAAUCAACAUCAUAAUAGUAGAAUUAAUGUUUCAAGCUCUUCUAAAGAGUGGCUGAAGCAAAGUAACCGAAAAACAUUUGAACCGAGUGAAUACCGAGUCAUUACUAUUGAUCCACCAACAGCUAAAGAUUUAGAUGAUGCAAUACACAUCAAAUUUGAUGAGAAAUUGAAGAUUUAUGAGGUUGGGAUCCACAUUGCUGACGUAUACUAUUAUAUGUUGAGACACAAAGGAUUACUUAAAACGGUAACCAAGGAGCUCUGCACUAGUGUUUACCUACCACAUACCAAUUUCCCAAUGCUUCCACGUAUUUUUUCCAGUGACUUAUGCUCGCUUCUUCCAAACCAAAAAAGACCAACUUUAUCUUUAAUCAUCAAAAUAAACGAAGAAGGGGAAGUUUUAGGAGAACCUGAAUUUUUUCAUGGAAUAAUAACUUCAGUUGGAAAGUUUUCGUAUGAUGAUGUGGAUGAAUUAUUUGAGAUUUUUGACCAAAUUGAUAUUAGCAAAGAGUCUACUUCCAAAAAGUUGUUGAAUUGUUGUCAAAGCAGCAAAGUUAUUGAAAUCAUGAAAAGAUCUACAGUAUACAAAAAAAACAGAAAAAAUGUUUUACGUGAUUUAUUACUUUUAAGGAUAUUAACUAAGACAAUUCGAAAUUCUAAAGCAAGAAUAAACUCAAUUAAACUAUUCAAUGUUGACCCUUGUUUUAACUUUAAUAGUAAAUUUCAAAGAAUUAUCGAACCAUUUAAUAUAGUCAAAAGCAACAAUUCGUUUGGUUCAAAUAAAGAUGAUAUAAUUAUUCCUAAUAUUGAAUUGAAAUUUGAUAUAUUCAGUAACACUCCAAACUCCUUGAAAAAUAUUGCUCCAAAGAGAGUUACAAUUUAUUACAAACACUCCACUUCCCAUUCUUUAAUUGAAGAAUUAAUGUUACUAGCUAAUAGAGUAACUGCUGAAUUCACUGUUAAGAAUAGACCAGAAUCUAGCUGUAUUAUAAGAAUACAUGAUGAAAUUUCCAAUACAAAAUUAUAUAACUUAAUCACUUAUUUGAGAAAGCAUGGAUUUAGCAAUAUAUUCGAAGACAAUAUUAAAAGGGAAAAUAUCGUUAAUGGCUUGUAUAGGCUUUAUAAGGAUUAUGGGUUAUUAUAUUACUGUGCUGUAAGUGAAAUGCUUAGAGAUAUCUUUAGCAGAGCCAAAUAUAUGGUUUAUAAUAAAGAUGCACGUGACUCAAAUAUCUCAACGAACCACUUUGCUUUAAAUAUGAAUAUGUAUACCCACUUUACUUCUCCAAUACGCAGAGCUGCAGAUAUUUUAGUACAUCAAAUGAUAUAUGACAUAUUGGAUAAUAUAUCAGGGUCUAAGAAUAAAGGAAAAGGUAAAUCUUAUGAUAAAUAUAAUCAACUAAUAUUUUCUGAAGAUGAUCACAUCACCAUCUGCGAGAACUCAAACACAAAAUCAAAUGCCAGCAAGAAUAUGCAAAGAGAUUCAAACAAUAUUUUUUUUUCUCAAUUAAUUAAGAAGAUUGAUACCUUUAUUCCUAGUAUUGCAUGUAUACACAAAAUAAAUGCUCAGAAAUUCAAAGUUAAUUCAGUUUUGCUUUAUCCUACGGACUUCUACCAAGUAUUCCUUAUUGAUUCAAAGUCUUUUAUCAAAAAUAGUUCACUUUUCUCUAUGUUUAAGUUGCAUCCUUCUUUACCUAUUCAUAUUACACCUAAAGAUAAUAAAAUCGAGCUUCAUUGGAAAUUGCACAAGGGUAACCUGAGAACUUUGUCAAAGAAACUAAAUAUUUCAGGAAAAUUGGAAAUCCGAACCUACUUGAAUGUAAUUAACGAUCUGAUGAAAAACAAAUUCCAACAUAAACUAAUUUUUGAUCAAACAAAUCAACUCAUUAUCCAAACUAUCGGAAUCUGGUCGUAUCUCCCAGUUAAUAUCGUCCCCACCACAACUUUACCUCCUAAAUUCGUUGUAAUCCCAAUGAACCCGCUAAAUCAUCAUUUCUAUGACCAAAUCUCAAACUUUAAUUAA